AUGUACAAUAUUUUGAGUGCUAGUUUACAAGAAAAGGUGGAUGAAAUUUUAAGUAAUUUAGAAAAACAAGUGAAUUGGGUAUUGAUAGUAACUUCAUUAAAUGUUAAUUAUUCAUUGGUCCCAGAGGAGAUUUGGAAUAGUACACCUUUUGAUACAAAUUAUGCAGAAUCUGACACACAAAUAGGUUGGAAAUAUGAUGAAAAUAUGUAUAAAAGAUUUGAAGUUCACAAUAAUAUAGGUGUGACAAUGAGUAGUAAAGAUAAAAUUAUUCUUUCUAGGAGAAUUAAUAGUAAUAGAAAAAUUUCAAAUACAAAAAGAUCUACUAAAUCAUCCAUAUCUCAGAACCUAAAGAAAAAACAAAAAAGGUCACAACCACAAACUGGAGAUAAUGAUAAAAUAAUAUUCAUCAAUGAUGAUCAACUAUCAACAAGUGAAAAAUCAUUACAACUAAAACAGAGUGAAGAGCAUCAUAUAAGCUUAGAAGAAAGAAAAUUGAAGAUCAAAGAGUAUGAAUUAGAUCUUAAAAUGAAAGAACUCAAAUACAAAAAGAAAUUAAACAAACUAGAGUUGGCUCCAGGAAAUGAUAAAUGA